UUAUCGUCAUGACAUAUUAUAGCUGGAAUUAUCUUGAGUGCCCUUUACCUUAGCACUUUCUUACUUUUCUUUGCAAAAUUACACGCAUUAAUCUGCGUGUUCCAUGCCUUGCAGCUUUUCUAAAAGGUCACCAUCGUAAAAUCAUGUUCGAAAACUUCUGAUCUUCUAUUUCAUCCGCUUCAAUCGGACGGUUUAGGUUAUGGGUCAUUCUUCCACGCAAAGGCCCAAUUUUGUAUCUUGAUGAAAAGACGCAUAGGCUCGCCGAAGCGCUAAUUAUUUGCAGACUCGGCAUAUCAGCCUGUACAUUAGAUCUUCAAUCAUCUACAAUCCUAUUAGCUGUCCUCAGGAAUUUCCCCUGAAUCUCGUUCCGAGGUGUAUCAUAGUAUUGACCACUGGGAAGUUCCUUGGUUAACGUCAAACCGUUGUUGUGCAGCAUCAAACCUCCAUCGGGACGACCUGAAGAACCUUCAGUCCCAAGCUAAAGGAAUCCUGCCCCUUCCCACGUUAGAUUUGACCUCGGGCAUUUCCCAGUCUAUCCGAGUGCCCGGAUUGCAGUCGGAAAUACAGAGAUUUUCAAUUCCUUACUUAAUCCAACUGGGGUAUUGAAAUCAUUUUGAAUAUUGAGUUCAUUUUGAAUGCUGAAUUGUUUUCAGGCAUUCAAAGCUUUUUAAAAAAUUCAAGGCCUUUUGGACAUUGAAACUUUUUCCAAUGUUCAGUGCUUUCGAGCAUUGAAAUACUUUCAAAUCGGUCUCACUACUCUGGAAUACCGGACUUCUUGCUUUAUCCACUAUAUUGGCCUCGGCCCACAACAUCUUCUCAUCUGAAAAUACACAAUGCUAUGAGGCCGUCAUAGAGACAAACCCGCCCAAAUUUACCGAAUUCCGGGAGAGGCUCAACUACGCCAUAUCACCACAUGCAACAGCGGAGUUAGCAUCCACAACUAUGUUCAGAUUUGUAGCUUCCGACGGAACUGGCUCCGUCAAAAGGCAGCAAGCACAAAAAGCAUGCGACUCCUGCAGGAAGCGGAAAAAGCGCUGUGAUCACACCGCAGGUGGUAUCUCAACAUCUGCAAAUUCUUCACCUGUACGAACACCCAAUCAACUCCAUUCUGACAACCAGGUUUCUCAAGAGGCCAUCAAGCCAUAUGUUGCAAAUUACCUGCCUUGUACCAAAGAUGCCGAAUAUCGAAGCCCAGUAUCUCCUGAGAAUCCUGGUACCAUCUCUCCUGUUGCAUCAAACCUAGCCAGUAGUGAUCAAGACCUUGAAGCUGCCAGAAUAUUGAGCGGAGGUGUCCAUAUUCAAGCCAAAACACCUCAAAUUCAAGAGCCAUCUGGUGUCCAGUCUCGGUUUAUCGGAGAUCUUAACCCAGAAUCAAUUUUCCUAGCUGCUACCAGCCCAGAUGCAAUUAGUGGCGUAUUACCGGACAGCGUCGGGGUAUAUCUUUCCUCAACACUCGGGAAAAAGCCCCACCAUUUCUCGAAUUUACAACAAACAAGUUCCAACUUGUUUUUUGGAUGUCCGCCCUUGAUUCGUGAUGUUUUAGUACCUCUCAUAGAGCAAGAGUGUUUAACAACAAUGCCACCUGAAAAUCAUCUCGAAUUGUUAACCCGGAUAUACUUCGAAAAGAUCAAUCCUGUUUUUCCAAUUAUCGAUGAAAACAUCUACCGUGGUCUGCCUCCUUCGAGCCCAUGUCUAAUUCUAUUAAAACAAGCAAUUUGUUUGGCAGCAUCCAAGAAUUUCGUUGCUGCAGAGCAUCUAGUUCUCAAUGAAGCAGACUCGCCCAUGACAUGCCGAGCCUUUGGUGAAAAGGUAUCAGGGGCAAUGAGACUUACCAUCCAGCUCGGGAUUGUAACUGACAAGCUUAUAUUGAUUCAAGCCCUCUGUCUCCUUUCUCUAUUCAUAGACAACUCUAGCAGUGAAGAUCUUGCAUCUCAAUUCUCUGGGAAAGCUACUCAUUAUCUCGAAGGCAUGGGGCUACAUCUCGCGGGGCAACAAGAAGACGCAAGUGCGAAGCUUCUAUGCUGUGUUUAUGCACUGGAUCGCAUGAAUGCUGCGUUUCAUGGACGUCCUGUUUUGAUGCAUGAGCGCGACAUGAGAAAAGAUCUUCAUCAAUGCUUCAACCAACAGGAACCUUGUUUUCGCCUGUUCUUACAGGUCAUAUUAUUACUGGACAAUGUGAUCGAGAUAUACCGACCUCUAAACCAAUUGAAACAUGGCGGUAUGGAUAUUCAGUUCCCUGCUUUUGAAGAGCUGGUCUCAGAGUGUGGGGCAUCGCAGAUUGGUACUUCCUCCCUCGGUAGGUUUUCUUGAUUUCCCAAAUUACGUCACCAACGCUGCCGAUGGUGGACCACAUGUAAUUUUAAUGGCAUUACAAAAUAACACUCAUCACUGCGUCUUUAGCAACAAUCGAAAUUUUCUACCACAGCAUCUCUAUCAUUUCCCAUAGAUCACAUAUCUGGGCCGAACCCAAACGAUCCACACCCUCUUACCUUCGGCAAUCUCUCUCAACCAGCAUUCUUUCAUCCACCACCCCUCACGAACUACAAGAGCAGCUCGUGCUCUUUCCUUUUAUCCCAUAUGCUAUUUCUCUUUCACUGAGCAUCGCGUAUCGGGAAAUGCGUCACAACAAACUGCCCAUCCAUCGAAUGCGUGCUCGAAGUCACUUCCAAGCGAGUUGUAGGCUCUUAGAGGGACUGGAAGGUAAAUACUUGACUGCUGCUAAUGCUGCAAAUAUGGGCAAGAAGAUGCUCAGAGAAAUUGACCGAGUUUUUUCUACCGUCUCAUCUGAACAUAAAGCAAUGGCAUCGCAUCAAGAUAUCAAUUCCAACACUGACGUUACUUUACCACUAAAUGAUCACAACACAGCGAUGACGAAUACUGAGAAUCGUAAGUUUUGCAUACUCCUCUUCCAUUCUUCCACACCUCAUAUGACUAUCUUCAAGUGGCAUUCUAAUAAAUCAAGUAGAAUUCGUCGCGGCGAAUUCUAGCAACCAGAUAACUAACCCAUCCAUCGUUCCCCUCCACGGAGGCCAGACACAAGUCUUCGAUACGUCAUUUUUUGACUUCAAUGCCACUGGAGAUGUCGACCUCUUUUCCAUGUUUGAUCCUUCCUUCGAUCUGGUUGGUUUUGAUGCUUGUCUGGAAAGCAAUCUAAACCCAGCAUUCCCUACUCCGGUGUCUUUUCCGUGAUUAGCAGCCAUUCUCGAAUUUAUGACUAAAUGGAACACCCAACGGGCGCAAUUGCCGCAGACCAAAAUAAUACUCCGUUUUGACGUCUGAGGCCGAGUGAGCAUUCGAUUGUCAACUGUGGCCCAGGAAAGUCAAAACCACGUAUAUUCGACAGUACGUUCAGUUUUCAACUACAAACCGGAUUAUUGCACACAUGAAUAAUAUUACAUGGCCUAGGGAUAUUCUUUUGGCGUCGAGAAAAUAGUUUCUUUGUCGUCCCUCGCUUCUAUCCGAUCAGUUUGGGUCAGAUGACAAACCGGAAUUGUGUGAUGGUUGUUUUGAGACUUAAAUGUGCUUCAACAUGAAGCAAAAGACAGGGUAGAAAAACGAAAAACAGGAAUGGAAAAUUCACCAGGUCAAUAUAUCUACGGUUGGGAAUGAACUCUAUGGGUAUGUUGGAGUCAGGAAAAUUUCAGGAAUUGGGCUCUGAGCCUCUGUUCUCGGAUAUAUAGAUACGGUCUCUACAUGCAUGUAAUAGCUAACAGUCGGAUACUUAGCUAGC